UAACGAGCACUCCCUGCCAAAAGGCUCCGUGAGAGAGCCUCCGUGACCUGCACUCCUCUCCUGUCCUCGUCCACUCCGCCAGCAGCUUCGAAUUCCGACCUCUGUCUCCCGGAUCGCCGGACUCCCGGACCUCCUCGCUUCGCCAUGUCGGCCGCCGCGCUAAGAAGCCAGCUCAACGAGCACAUCAGCUACAUGUACGCCACGGGAAUUCUGGACGAGUACUACCAACAGCUGCAGUCGCCACAGGACGAGGGGUUCGUCCCUGAGGUCAUCAACAUCUUCCUCGGCGACGCCGACAGGAUGCUCAACGAUAUCACCAGCCUUCUGAACCUGCCCGUCGUCGACUUCGAAAUGGUGGGCGAACUGGUGCACCAGCUCAAGGCGUGCAGCUGCAGUGUUGGUGCUAGGAAAGUUAACCUCGCCUGCGAGCACUUUCGCCAGUUCUACAAGGCGAAAAACAAAGAAGGGUGUCUCACGGCAUUGAAUCUUCUUAGGAACGAGUUCUAUGAUGUGCGCGGCAGGCUACAGGCCAUUAUGCAGUUGGAGCAGCAGAUUGCAGCCUUGGGUCCUAAGUAGCAGUAAUUGAAGCCAAAAGAGCAUAGCCCCGUGUGAUCUGGCAUGAUGCGGGGGAUGUAUCUCUCAAGAUGUAGUCAGCAUUCAGCAGUUGCUGGGCUUUUGGAGGGGGAAGCGUGGAAUCACAUGACGAUUCUUGCUUUGGCACUCCGGGCUCGCGACCACCCUGCAAAUGGAACUUGUUGUCUUGUGUGUCGAUGUCUUUGUCUAUCAACACUAUAUACU